AUGCCAGGUCGACUCAAGAUUCAGCGUCCCUCUCCGACGACCGUCUCUUUCACGGUAUCGAAUGCGCCGCAGCGAUCGAGUUCCCUAGCCAAGAUCUUGUUCGCUUUACAAGUCCUGCUGCGUGCAUUCUUGUUCCUUUGCGUGGUAGUUGUCGGCAUCACUCUCCUUCGACACCUUGUCUUUGAAGGAGAUGAUGGGUUUAUCAGCUGGCCACUUGUCUGGUCCAGUACGCUUGGGUCUAAGCUAUGUUGCUUGGUGGAUUCAUACAACCCGCUAGCAGUCGCAAUGGUCAGCGCAUUGGUGAUAUAUUGUGUCUUCAGAAGAGGCUACACAGAGGAAUCACUCCUGGUUAUUCGGGGAUUCGGCAUCCAGACCUCGACAUCUUCAGCCACCUAUCUGUCUACCGCCGCCACAAGGUUUAUUCCUACCACUCAAAUCCAAGACAUUGUCAUCCAUGAAGCUUUCAAAGGCUUCGAGGUUCGCUUUUACUUGGCAGUCAUUGUCGAAGGCGAGCCGAAUGCCGUGGUCGUAUUUCCGCAUACGCUUCCCAAACGAGAAAUUCUAGAGCAGGUUUGGAGGGGCUCAAGACGGUGCCUAUACGACGCGAAAUCCUGA